UUAUGUAUGUAUUAUAUGUCGUAUGGCGUAGCACUCCUACAAACACAACGGGAGCUUUAAUGCGAAGCUCAUUGCUUACCUAUGAGUUUCGCUUGUUAGUAUCAUUUUUACGCAUUUAUGAACGCGUGGUUAUAUCGCGAUUCAAUGGAUAUUGUUUGACUGUCAAUUGUAGGUUUUCAACCAUAAUAUUUUUCCACAAAGGAUCGUUGCAGUUUUAUGAAAUCGUGCGAUGUUGCCCUUAGUGACGGCGUCAAGAACUUACAGAGCGCACGUGAAAAUUUUACAAAGAUUAUCGGUCAAAAUAUGAACAAAGAGUGCCUAUGGUAGUACUAUAUAUCGCUAUGGUCAAAGAUGCCAAUUCUUAAGAAGCAUUGCUUCUGCUGAAGUGGCCAACUUGAAGAGGCUUGCUAAAGCACAAUGAGAGCCAUUGUAUCAAUCGUAUUGGUCACACUACUGUAUGGGAUAAGCUCAGCCCCCAUUUAUGCCACUCGAAUAUGUGCAAGUAGAAAAAAAAAUAAUGAACAUAAUUCCUUGAAACAAAAUUCAACAGGGGUGUCUGAAGAUGUACCCAAUAACAGUAAUGUAGUUCGUAUCUCAGCAGAUGAUGACAUUAAAAUUGACAUAUGUAAUAAUUUUUGUCAUGCAUUGUGGCAAGAAAAUAAGACUGCAAAUGGUACAGAGAUUAUCAUUUUAUCACAAGGCUGUUGGAAACAAUCUGGUGAACAAAAGUGUGAAAACACAGAAUGUGUGGCAUUACAACGUUCUACCAAGGCUUUAAAUAAUACCAAGUUUUGCUGUUGUCAUGGAGAUUAUUGUAAUUUAAAUAUUACAAAUAAUAACCUUUUGUACUCUGAUAACAAGAUAUUUAAUUCCGCACCAGUGCAGAAAAAUCUUGCAACAACAGAAUAUUUAGAACAGUCAGAUUCAGAAAGAUGGUUGCUCAUAAUAAUGAGCACAUUAGUUUGCACUUUAUUGGUGAUAUGUACAAUAAUUAUGCUGAUAUAUCGAAUCUAUUGUAACAAUAUAUUAGCAAGAUUAGGAAAACCUAUAUCGUAUGAUGAUCAAUUUAUGGAUAGCACAGCAUUAAGGACUGGUACUUAUACGGUUGAUCAUUUAAAAUUGACUACAAUUGUGGGACAAGGACGAUAUGGUUCUGUUUGGCAAGGUAGUAUGGGUGAUCAAGAUGUUGCUGUGAAAAUAUUUCCUUCUCAUUAUCGUAAUUAUUUUCAAAACGAAAGAGAUACUUACUGUUUGCCCUUUAUGGAACAUCCAUCUCUGUUAAGCUAUUAUGGUGUAGACGAAAGAGUAAGCCUGGAGGGUAGUACAGAAUAUCUUUUAGUAUUAAGCUUUGCACCGGGUGGUACUUUAACAGACUUCUUACAAACGCAUACUGUCGACUGGAUGACAUUCUGCAAAAUGGGUCUUUCCAUAGUUAAGGGACUUGCAUAUUUACAUACUGAUAUACGUAAAGGCGAUAAAUUCAAGCCCUGUAUCGCACACAGAGAUAUCAACUCGAGAAAUAUAUUGAUUAAAACCGAUGGAAAUUGUUGCAUAUGUGACUUAGGAUUAACAGUGCAAAUAUCUGGAUCUAAGUAUUACUCUAAUGGAGAAGAACAACAUGCGGAGAUAAAAUCGAUUAAUGACGUGGGUACUUUGAGAUAUAUGGCACCGGAAGUAUUAGAGGGUGCUGUAAAUCUACGAGAUUGUGAAAGUUCUCUCAAACAAAUAGAUGUUUAUGCAAUGGGCCUAGUGUUGUGGGAAUUGGUUUCAAGGUGUUCCGACAUUUACAUUCCUGGAUCAGAGGUGCCUCAAUAUAAACAACCGUAUGAAAAUGAAAUUGGAUUGCAUCCUACGUUUGAACAGAUGCAAGUAUUGGUAUCGCGUAAAAAAGCUAGACCCCUUUUAGAGGGGAACUUAAUCGAUAGACCAGGAGUGCGUCUUAUCAAGGAAACUAUGGAAGAUUGUUGGGAUGCAGAUGCUGAAGCACGUUUGACAGCUUUAUGUAUAGAAGAACGUCUUUCGGAAUUACAAUCUCAUCGUAUUACUUCAUAUUUUACCGAUGGGAGCCCCAUGGUGAACUCUCAUUGUGCCUUAGUGCCUUCAACCACAAAUAGCCUUUAUAGCGAAACUUCACAUCACGAUAAUGUUCAUGUUGUUCAACUUGCAAUGCACAUGAGUCAAGAUGGGCCUACGAACGAAAGCAAUAUGGUCGAUAAUUUGGUUACGCUUUCUCCAUCUGACAGUGUUGCCCACGAACAUAGUUUUAAAAACUCCAAUGAAGUAGCCGUAUAUAAUCACACACAAACUCUUCAACCUUAUCAAGGUAGAAAUCCUUGUAUGGAGAGAAAUUUGAUGUUACAGUCUGACUCCUUAGAGGAUCUGGGAUGUAAUGGUAAUGUUUUAGUUGAUAAAUCUUUGAAGCAUACGUGCAAUGAUCAAUACAAAGUCGUGACAGAGGCGCAAGGUCUCGUAUCGCACGAUUACUUGGGUCAGCAUACGACUCAGUUGGCGCAACUUAGACCAGCGACACCGAUACCAUACGUUCAAAAUGUCAUAACCGAGGAUGGCGGUACGUCGUACAAUAAACGAAAGCAAACCAAUGUUCACGAUAAUUUUCUUCAAGAAAGUCCGCGGAAAAAGAUUUUCGGUGGUUGGCCCAAUUUAAAAAAAUUACUCGUCAAUAAGAAGAUGCACCCGUAUAAUAAAUAUCCGAUAGACAGGGAAGAUUCUAAAUCCAACUUAUUGUCGAAGCAAAAUGUACAAAUUAAAACUGUGGACACUAACGUGACCAUUUCUCCCGGUGGGAAAUACGUUAAUGGAAUUAUUGGUAAGACGUCUACUUCGACUACGCCAAUAGUCAAAAAUGAUAAGAAUGUAGUACAAAUUGGAAAACACGCGUAUGAUAAUGAUGGUACGACAACUAAUGCUCGGCCGUCGACUUUACCAUUAGUUAAUUUGAAAAAUAAGAAAGGUGAGAGCAAUCUUAGCAGGCAAGAAAGUAUUGACAAAUUCAACGAAGUCUUUAAUGUUAGAUCUAAUGUAAACGUAUUGAAAGAUCCGCAUAUGAGAAUAAAAACUCCAGGAGAUUUACCUCCUUCCGUAAGAAAGAUUCGUGGUCGUGCACAAUCGACAGCUAGAUUUUCGCUCUAUGACGAUCGGAUGAUGUGUAAUAUUCUUAGCGAGGAAGAGGAUCGUAGCGACAAAGCCAUUUGGAAUUCAGUGCCAUUUGGUAUGGAUCUUGGUGAAGGAGAUGGAACAAGUUCACCUAUAAAACAUAGUACCAAAAAUGUUACUUGCUUCUAAUGAGAGAAACACGAUAUCAAUGUAUAUGUAAAAUCUCUAUAUGUACGAAUAAGUGAAACUAAAAGGCUGAAUUGAAAUUCCGCCUGAAAGAUAUGUACAGAGAAAUUUUCUUUUAAAAAGUAAAUAAGAUUUUAUACUUAAUACCGGUAUGUUACUAAAAUGCAGAUACAUAUAUUGUACACACACAAUAGAAUUAGAUGUCAGGAAAUCAGAAAAGGAGAUGAAUAUACUAAAAAAUCAGAAAUAUCAUAAAAUCUAAUAAUUACAUGUGGUGGUUUGUCGCACGAUACAUGAAUUUUUUCUUAUUUCUUCAUUGAUAUUUAAUGCGUAACGCUUCGAAAGUAAAAACAAUUUAGUGCAUCUAAGAUACAGUGCAAUGUGUAUUUAUUAAAUUAUUGAAAUACAUAAGGGAUAUUUUCAAUGUUCUAUAGAUAGAAAAAUUUCGUGUAAAUUGUCACGUAAAUUUGUUCUAUCGUUUGCAUAUAUAUAUAUCAUUCUUUGAAACGAGAAUGUAUAAUAUUUAUAUACAUGGACAAUCAAUGCAAGCAUACACAAUUGAUGUGAUUUUAUGUGUAUUCGUCUUUUACUCUUUUUUUCUUUAUAUAAAGUAUAAAAAAAAAAAAAAAGAAAAAAAAAAGAAAAAAAAAGAAAAAAAAAGAAAAAAGGAAAAAAAAAAAAAAAGAAAAAAAACCAUUUACAAGCCAUGUAACACAGAGAAAAAUAUUAAGCUUUGACAUAGCAAUUAAGAAAAUCAAGCAUGAGCUUCAUAAAAAUUAUUAUGCUGAAAAUUUACCGAAAAUAAUUACUUUACAAAGUGUUUCAUUCAUUGACACGCUAUCAUUGAAUUUUUUUUAUUAAUUGAUAAUACUUUGUAAAUCAUGUGUUUAGAAAUUGCAAAAUAAGUAUUUGCACAUAGCACAAAAACUGCUUGAUAUUAGUAUAUUAAAAUAUAUCUUGUCCAUUUAUGCACAAUGAUAUUAAUCGGAUAUGUAAAUAUGAGAUUCAGUCAUUCUAUAAGUUAAUUAACUACUUAGGUGCGACAUAUUUGACUAUGGGUCGAUCAUAGAUUUAUGUACGUAUGUAUGUACCAGAAAGUUAGGUACUAAGUUUUGCAUGGUUGGUAUGGCUAUAUAUUUUAAUUUAAAUUUAUGAAUUGGCAAUACAUUGAAAUUUGACCAUUAGAAUAUUUAUAAAGAUUAUUAAAUUGUUGUGUUUAUCGCUUAAAGGAGUACCUGCACGAAAUCUAUGUUUACAAAUACAUCGAUAUGUAAAUAUUUUGUAGCAUAAAUUCAACUUGAUGUAAUUUUUAAUGGAGCUUAAACUAUUACAUUGGUUAUAAUUGCAUUGAUUUUCGAUCGCACACUUUUAUUGCUAUAUUCGUCCUCGAGUAUAUUAUUAUCAAGAUGAUCAUAUAAUGAAAAAUAUGCGAUUCGGAAUAAAGAAGUUUCUAAAAGUCGAAGACCUAUUAGUAUUCUUGAGAAAUAAUUUUAUUCUAUGCUGUGGUAAACCUUUGUAAUCUGAUCCUUUUUUUCUUUUUCUUUUUCUUUUUUUUUUUUUUUUGAACAGAGCCCUCCAAUUAGGUAGUACAUACAUACAUAUAUCUAAAUAUAGAAUGGGUUGCUAUCUUCUUCAUCGUUGAAUCGUCAAAUUCUAGACUAUAAAGCGGCAAAUGCAGAAGAACUAUAUUCUGUCCCCUCUUAGCAAAAUGUGAUUGGCCGAGUCUUCAUUGCAACGAUUUAAUGUCGUACAAAAUAAGCACGUACGUUGUAUCUGUGACAAUUUUAAUGGUCAUUUGUCAUCUGUUAAUGACUGUUAAACGUGUAAAUAAAACAAAUAAAAAAUAAUAUCAUAUA